AGAUAGGGUGUAGGUGUCGUUUUGGUAUUUUAUUGGAUCGGAUUCUCGAGAGGCGAGGAAGGAAACAUGUCCCACGCCGGCUCUAAGAAGAGAAAACUGGAUAAAGGUGCUGAGGAUCAGCUGUACUUUGAGAGCUAUGCGGAUGUGAGUAUCCAUGAGGAGAUGAUCGCGGACACUGUGCGCACUGCCACGUACAGGAAAGCCAUCUUUAACAAUCAGAGUGACAUCGAGGGGAAGGUCGUGCUGGAUGUGGGAGCAGGCACCGGGGUGCUGAGUGUGUUCUGUGCCCAGGCCGGGGCCAGGAAGGUGUACGCCGUGGAGGCCAGCUCCAUCGCAGAGCAGGCUGAGAAGAUCAUCCAGCAGAAUGAAGUGCAGGACAAGGUGGAGGUCAUUAAAGGUGCCCUGGAGGAUGUAGACCUCCCUGAGAAGGUGGAUGUGAUCGUGAGUGAGUGGAUGGGUUACGCCCUGCUCCAUGAGUCCAUGCUGAACUCGGUGAUCUCAGCUCGGGAUCGGUGGCUCAAACCCGGAGGUCUGAUGCUCCCCGAGAAAGCCGAGCUCUUCAUCGCACCCAUUAACGACCUGCUCGUGGAGGAGCGUCUCGCCUUCUGGAGCACGGUGAAGAGCCAGUACGGCGUGGACAUGUCCUGCAUGACGGACUUCGCCCGCAGGUGCAUCAUGGCUAGCUCGGAAAUCACCAUCAAGCCCGUCACCGUCGAAGACGUCUUAUCUCACUCGGUCAAAUUCGCCGAGCUGGACCUCAACGUCGUGAACCUGCAGCACCUGAGCUCCGUCAAGGGACAUUUCCGCUGCCUCUGCUUCCGCUCGGCCGCCUUCAACGCCUUCUGCGUGUUCUUCGCCGUCGCUUUUCCCUUCCCAGGCUCGAGACAUCCUCUCGUCCUGUCCACGUCCCCGUUCGAACCCGAGACGCACUGGAAACAGGCCGUGCUCUACCUGGACCAGGCGGUGGAGGUCAUGCAGGACACGCUGGUGGAAGGAGACGUGCACAUGUACCCGUCAGAGGAAGGCUCUCGACAUAUAUGCAUCCACGUAGACUACACAGUCGGGGAAGAGAAAAGGAAAUCGAAGACGUUCACGAUUUCAGAUGGAUCUUCAUACGCAGAGCCUCAGUAGGAGCCGAGAAGGUUAUGAGUUCGAAUCCCAGGUCAUCGAGCCUCGAGGUUGAAGUUUCAGAGAUUUACGGCGCUGGAUCAUCACUGACCUGCAGAAAGAAAGUCGGAGAAAGAAAUCGGUGGAAAAGAAACAUUAGGAUUAACGAAUCUUUUGUUUUGCGUCGCUUGAUGUUACGUCAGAAUUCUAAAGUGUGAAUACGACGAAUGUUAAUGAACGAGUACAGAUUAAAAACGAUCAUCAGUUGUUUCUUGAAAUUUGGUAAUCUGACUUUUCUACACUUUUCUUUUUUUCCAAUACACAAACCCCAUUUCCAAGAAAGUUGGAAUAUUUUCCAAAAUGGUGUUACUGGAAUAUCUGAUAAACU